AUGUCCAAACAAACUUCAACAUCAUCGUUGCCAGCAUCAUCUUCGGUUCCUUCUUUCAAGGAUGAAAGUUUUAGACAAGCAACGAUACGUGAAUAUGAACGAGUUAAAUUGAUGAGAUUAUUUGAUUUAGUGGACUACCACGCUGGUUCGAGCAAAGGAUCCAAAUUUGCACUCCGAGAGUUCAAUACGAAUGAAGAUGUAACUUGGAAGCAAUUACAACAGUCUUCUGUUGCCUUUAGUGCCAAGUUAUUGGAAUGUGGAGUACAGAAAGGAGAUAUUAUUGCCACUUCAUUGCCCUUUUUGAAAGAACAUAUUUAUUUAAUCUUUGCUUGCAUGAGACUAGGUGCUAUUAUUGCUCCACUGGACUUACGGUUGAAGGAACAUGAAAUUGCAAAAUGCUUUGAGGCUAUAAAGCCAAAAAUGUACUUCUUUUUGGGAAACACACCUGUUACAGACUUUCGUCCUAUGGUUAAAAACUUAAUGAAACAAUUUAAAAAGGAUGAGGAUGAGACCACGAACUCUUCACAGAAAAGUAUUACUCAUUGGAUUCAGUUCCAAAAAGAAAGUGAUCAAAUUAUUGAUGGUGCUAUUGGAAUUUUAGAUUUUGUUGCCAAUGUUAAGAAGCUAUAUGUUAUGAACUUAUUGAAGUCAAUGUUUGGCUUUGGCGUUUCGUGGUAUGAGCAAAAUGUUUCUCCUAAGGAUCCUUGUGUUAUUAUUUUCACAACAGGAAGUACUGGAAAUCCAAAGGCUGCAAAACUCUCACAUGAGAACAUUCUCAUUCAAAAUAUUGGUAUUAAGCGUGCAUUUUUCGAUAGUUGGGCUGAUCCAUCUGAAGAGUUAAUCAUGUUGUGCAAUCUUCCACCUUCACACGUGGGUUGUUUUACUGAACAAUUCUUUACAACAAUCUACUUUGGAGGUAUUAGUGUCAUUUUGCAUAUUUUCGACGCAGAAAAGAGUUUACAAGCAAUAGAAAAGUACAAAGUGAACGCUUUAGGACAAAUUCCUGCUCUAUUUCAAUUGCAAUGGAGACUUCCAAACUAUUCAAAAUAUGAUUUGAGUAGUUUAAAGCUUGCAAUCUAUGGUGGCCAAGCCGUAACAUCUCAAUUUUUAGGAAAGAUGCAAACGAUGGCUCCCUAUAUUUCUUCUGGACUUGGCCUUACAGAGACUGCUGGGUUCUGUACCUAUACAAGCAUAGGCUCAAGCGUACAAGAUAUUAUGGCCAGCAUUGGAUACGAUUCACCUCUUUGCCCAAUCUCCAUUCGAGAACCCCCAAAGCAAGUGAAUGGAAUUUGGGUGGCUGGUGAUGAAAAACCAGCAUCCCAAGUUGGUGAAGUUUGUUUUUCUGGACCACAAGUCUUUGUUGGAUAUCAUGGCGCUGAUUCUAACAAGGAAAUUGAGGAGAUUAUGAAGCAAACAGUGCUUCCAAAAUCUAUUGAAUUGAAAGAUAGCAAAGAUCCAUUCGACUUUGUAUUGUACACUGGAGAUGUAGGAUCGUAUGACGAGUUAGGACUUCAUUUUGCAUCGAGAAGAAAAUUCAUUAUCAAGCCAAAGGGUUAUCAAGUGUUCCCAUCUGAGGUUGAGGAAUUUAUUGAAUCCUCCUUUAAGGAUCAAAUUCUAAGAGUUGGAGUUGUUGGAGUGGAGCAUGAAGUAUUUUCAGAAGGAAUUGUCGCCUUUAUUGAGUUAAAACCAGAGGUUAAUUUGACUGCCAAAGAAAUUUUGAGCGCCUGUCAUGAAAUGGCUGCCUACAAGAGACCUUCACAUAUUGUCUUCCUUAAAGAACCAAUGCCAUUGAAUCGUGUAGCAAAGAUUGAUUACAUACAACUUAAGGUAAUGGCAUUGGAAGAAGUCAAGAAAUUGAGAGACCAAGGCAAGUGGGACAGAGAAUGA